UCUUGUACUGUUAUUCCACCAAUAAAAGUAGUUAAAUGACUGUGCUAGCUUUCUGUAUCUACAAGUAAAGCCAAGAAUAUGUCAGCAAACCUUGUCUUCAUGUGUAAGAAUUUGGUUACUUUGUCUGGAAAUAUACACUUGUGAUGGCCAAGGUCUGAAAUUUUUAUGAACCAGUCGUAAUCAACUAUGCCUGCAACAAACACAAUGGUGACUCCUAGCUCCCUCGAGCUUAUGCUGAAACAACUCCAGCAAAUGGAGGAUCAGCCAGCGGAUGAGCCUCCUGCUUUACCAACUCGUCCAGUGAUCAGGGCUCGGCUGCCUCGGUCAAGAAGGCAACUGUCACUUAGCUCCCAGCAAAGUGAUCUAGAUAUCACUUUAAGUUGUGAAGAGAGGAUGAUUGGGAGGAGAAGAGCAAUGAGCGGUGAUUCUUUUGAGUCUGCAGAAAGGGCUGAUGUGGGAGCACCAGCAUCUGUAGUUGAGUCUGCGAAUGGCUCACUUGCGGGAUGUGGCCACAGAAACCAUGAAAAUGGUAAUGCAGAUAAGGUUGGUAACUUUGACGAGGCAAAGGAAAUAGCACUGCAGUGGAUGCUGGGGAAACACCUGCAUGGUCGUCAAACCUGCUGCCAGUAUGAUGAGCUUAAAAUAGGAGUAAUUACACUGCAAUCAUGCAAGUUUGUUCGUGGUGAAAAUGCAAGAAUAUGUUUCAUUAAAAAAAUGAAAGCCAUUCGAGCCAUACAGAAAUGUGUAAAAAGUCAGCUCAGAAGUACCAUGUUAGACGAAAAGGAUCAGGCAGCAAUAUUCUUGCAAGCAAGCAUCCGUGGUUGGUUGGCAUGGAGGCACUACAAUUCCAUAGACAAAAGAGAAAGACAGUUCAAUGAGGAAGCAAGGAAUGUGAAAAACCUAGAAAAUAAGGAUCAAAUUAUGGUUCCAUACUCGGUUUUAGUUGAUCUACAAAGACGAGUUCUGAAAACAGAGGCCUUAUUAGACAAGAAGAAAGAGGAAAAUGCCACUUUAAAGCUACAAAUAAAGCAACUCGAGAGAAAAAGGCAGCAAUAUGAGACAAAAAUGAAAUUGAUGGAGAAGACAUGGCAAGAUCAGUUAACAUCUAUGCAAAUGAGUCUAGCAGCUAAAAAGAGCUCUUCUAAACAUGCUGUGGGCAAACUCGGCCUACUUUUGGCUUUACCUGAAAUUCAGGACGAAGAUGCACCUGAUCCAUCACCUACAUCUAGGUUUCAAUUAAAUGGCAGAUCAAAUUCUGAUCAGCUCAUUGAUCAUGAGAAAGGGAUUUUGGAUGAAGAUACUGGCAUCUUUAUUCACAUUGAACCUGGAAGGAUGGCUUCUAGCACCAAUCCAGAAGAGGAGCUCGAGAGACUGAAGUUCAAGUUUAAAACUUGGAAGAAAGACUUCAAGAAUAAGUUGAUGGUAGCAAAAACCACAAUCAAGAAGCUUGGCAACUCUGAAACAGGGAAAAAUAGUCAUAAGAAAUGGUGGGGAAGAUAAACAAAAGGGGACAAUGGAGUGGCGUCUGCAUGCUUUUAUUGAAAAAAAAUAAAAGAUUCUGUUGGAAAAAGAUCAGGAUUUUAUUACUUGAUCUUUAUCUACUUAGCCCUAUAUCCUUCCAAGAGCAACCAUUGAGAUCAUUCAUUCCGGCAGUUCUCUUGCUUAAUUGUAGAUUUCCAUGUCAACAUAUUCUUCUAGUGUCCUUACAUAUACAUUAAAAGAUCCUCUCUCAGAGCAUAGUAUUUCUCUGGAACUUAA